GGAUCCUCAUCUGGGAGCCCCUUAAUUUCAUCUAAAACCUCUUAUCUCUUAAAGCUACCCUUAUUUGUCAUUUCUUACCCUGAGCCCUUGUCAGAAACAUCAGUCUUGACAAGUAGGCUGUGGGGCACCUCCUCCCAAUGGAGCUCUAGGGAGUGACCGCUUGUCUGUGACGUUCAUGCUCCAGCCUAAUGCCUUCUGUUGAGGGAGCUGGAGCUCCCCGGCAGCCUGGGCCUCAUCGGGGCCAUGAGAGGUUGGGAACUGACCCUGCGGGCCUCAAGCUGAGGGCUUUCUGAUGGACCUGUGACUCUGCUUUGCAGCUUGAAGAGCUAUGAUGGCGGUCAACAAGGACCCAACCUUGGUGGAUGGAGACCUCCCUGAGCAGGAGAACGUGUUGCAGAGGGUCCUGCAGCUGCCGGUGGUGAGCGGCACCUGUGAGUGUUUCCAGAAGACCUACACCAGCACCAAGGAAGCCCACCCACUGGUGGCCUCCGUAUGCAAUGCCUACGAGAAGGGUGUGCAGGGCGCCAGCAGCCUGGCGGCCUGGAGCAUGGAGCCGGUGGUCCGCAGGCUGUCCACCCAGUUCAUAGCUGCCAACGAGCUGGCCUGCCGUGGCCUGGACCACCUGGAGGAAAAGAUCCCAGCCCUCCAGUACCCUCCUGAAAAGAUCGCCUCUGAGCUGAAGGACACCAUCUCUACCCACCUUCGCAGUGCCCGCAAUAGCAUCAGCGUGCCCAUCGCCAGCACUUCGGACAAGGUCCUGGGGGCCGCUCUGGCCAGCUAUGAGCUCGCCUCGGGGGUAGCCAAAGACACUGCCGAGUAUGCUGCCAACACCCGAGCCGGCCGGCUGGCCUCCGGAGGGGCUGACUUGGCCCUGGGUAGUGUUGAGAAGAUGGUGGAGUUCCUCCUCCCUUCAGCCAAGGAAGGGUCAGCCCCUGCUCCAGGACAGCAGCAGGCCCAGAAGCCCCCCAAAGCCAAGCCGAGCCUCAUGCACAGGGUUGGGGCCCUGGCCAGCACCCUCUCUCAACACACCUUCCAGACCACAGCCGGGGCACUGAAGCAGGGCCACGCCCUGGCCAUGUGGAUCCCAGGUGUGGCACCCCUGAGCAGUCUGGCCCAGUGGGGCGCGGCGGCCGCCAUGCAGGUGGUGUCCCGGCGGCAGAGUGAGGUGCGAGUGCCCUGGCUGCACAACCUCGCCGCCGCCCAGGACGAGGACCACGAGGACCGGACGGACACGGAGGGAGAGGAGACGGAGGAGGAGGAGGAAUCUGACACCGAGGAGAACAAGCUCAGCGAGGUGGCAGCCCUGCCCAGCCCGCAAGGCCUCCUGGGCAGCGUGGCGCACGUGCUGCAGAAGGCCACGUGGAGCACCAUCUCAGCCGUGACGUGGGCGCCUGUGGCUGUGCUGGGCUCGGCGGCGAGGAUGCUGGGCCUCAGCCCGGCCCGCGCCGCCUCCCCCACCAAGGGGAGGGCCAUGUCCCUGUCAGACGCCCUGAAGGGCGUCACUGACAACGUGGUAGAUACGGUGGUCCACUACGUGCCGCUCCCCAGGCUGUCGCUGAUGGAGCCCGAGAGCGAAUUCCGGGACAUCGAAGAGGCCGAGCGCCGGGAGGCGGAGCGCAGGGCGUCUGGGGUGCUGAAGGAGAAGAAGCAGGCGACGGAGCGGCUGGCGUCGCUGUCGGCCCAGAGCGAGAAGCGGCUGCGGGAGCUCGAGCGGCACGUGCAGCUCAUGCGACAGCAGCAGGGGCAGCUGCAGAGGCGGCUUCGCGAGGAGACGGAGCAGAAGCGGCGCCUGGAGACGGAGAUGAACAAGCGGCAGCACCGGGUCCAGAAGAUCGAGGAGCAGAAGAAGUGGCUGGAUCAGGAGAUGGAGAAGGUCCUGCAGCAGCGGCGGGCCCUGGAGGAGCUGGGGGAGGAGCUGCACAAGCGGGAGGCCAUCCUGGCCAAGAAGGAGGCCCUGCUGCAGGAGAAGACGGGGCUGGAGAGCAAGCGCCUGCGGUCCAGCCAGGCCCUCAGCGAGGACAUCGUGCGAGUGUCCAGCCGGCUGGAGCACCUGGAGAAGGAGCUGUCGGAGAAGAGCGGGCAGCUGCGGCAGGGCAGCGCCCAGAGCCAGCAGCGGCUGCGCGGGGAGAUCGACGCCCUGCGCCAGGAGAAGGACUCACUGCUGAAGCAGCGCCUGGACAUUGACGGCAAGCUGAGGCGGGGCAGCCUGCUGUCGCCCGAGGAGGAACGGACGCUGUUCCAGCUGGACGAGGCCAUCGAGGCCCUGGAUGCGGCCAUCGAGUACAAGAACGAGGCCAUCACGUGCCGCCAGCGGGUGCUGCGGGCUUCGGCCUCCUUGCUGUCCCAGUGUGAGAUGAACCUCAUGGCCAAGCUCAGCUACCUCUCGUCCUCGGAGACCAGAGCCCUACUCUGCAAGUAUUUUGACAAGGCCGUGGCGCUCCGAGAGGAGCAGCACCAGCAGCAGAUUGCCUUCUCCGAGCUGGAGAUGCAGCUGGAGGAGCAGCAGAGGCUGGUCUGCUGGCUGGAGGCGGCGCUGGAGCGGCAGCGCCUGGAGACCGACCGCCAGCUGACGCUGCAGCAGAAGGAGCACGAGCAGAACGUGCAGCUGCUGCUCCAGCAGAGCCGGG